AUGAGUAAAUCGCUAAUGAGAAUCAGAUUUCUAGGUUCGGAUACUGUCGAGCUUUACACUCCAACAAGCUCUGAGUCAUGGAAGAUUCACCGGAAGCUUGUGGUAUCAAAAUGCAAAGCUUUGGAAUCAGCAUUUACUCAGAACUUCUCGGAGCGCACUUCUGGGCAAUACACCUUCAAGGAAACAACCCAUGACACUGUUGCACGGUUCAUUGAAUGGACGUAUAGGGGUGAUUACUCGGAGGAUGAGCUCACGCCUAUGGACGUACCCCACGCAGAGAAGCCUGAUCCCAAUUCCCCUCAGUCAGGGCUUACGAGCGACGAAAACAAAACUUUGCAGGCACAUACCCCCUUAUGCCAUCUAAGAGUCUACAUCUUUAGUGACACUUAUUUGGUCAGUGAACUCAAAGACCUGUCAUUUGAGAAGUUCACAGCGGUUGUGAGAGACAUAGGAAGACCAAAGAAUCUGGAUGAACAGCUUGCGGUCAUUGAUUGUCUGUCGUUGGCAUUUUCGAAGUUGCCCCUCCACGAUAAGCUUCCUGCAUGGCUGGCUCAAUAUGCUGCUUGGUGCCUAGAAAACUUACGACUUCAGACCAAGUUCCAUGAGUUGCUCCAAGCCAUCCCAUCACUAAGUUAUCGCAUGAUGGAUACUUUAAACCCGGCUAAAGAGGCUCCUUGGGAUGUCAAACCCUUCAAAUACCGCGUCCCCUCCUACGAUGCCAGCGGUUUGUUUGAGGACAACGACUACUGA